UUCACUUGACUCUUUGGGAAUGGCCAGUUAUUCAGCAUCUCUGUGCUUCAGCUCUCUCAUCUGAAAAGUGAGGGGAAGAACAAAUAGUUCUUACCCUUCUAACUAUAUGGUAACAUACAUGAAUUAAUCUUUCUGUGGUGAUCAUUUUGCAACAUGUACAAAUGUCAAAUCAUUUUAUGUUGUAUCCCUGAAACUAAUAUAAUGUUAUAUGUCAAGCUGGGGAUUUCCCUGGUGGUCCAGUAGUGAAGAUUCUGGGUUUCCAAAGCAGGCAGUGAGGGUUUGAUCUCUGUUCAGGGAACUAAGAUCCCGCAUGCUGCCCAGUGCGGGCUUUCCAUCCCCCAAAAUGUGCUUACUCCUUAAUUGGGUUAAAGUGAGAAUUAAAUGGGAAGAUUCAUGCAAAGAAGGCAGAACAGGCCCUGGCACACGAAAACAUUGCCAAUAAUUAAUAAGUCACAAAAAUAUCUACAGUGGAGGGGCAUCCAAUUCUUCCAUUGAGGUCUAGGGUAUCGUGUAAACUUUUUAUUUUACUGAUAGAAUCAGCUGCGUCAAUUUAUUAGUUUUGUCUUCUGGUAACAUUUAUUAAAUCCCCAUUCUGUUAGGUCUUGUGCCAGAGAUUUAGUUGAUCUUAAUCUAGGUGAAAGAAUCUUUAUUAAUCUUAAUUCUUUCACCGAAGGAAAAAAGUUUACAGCGUUAUUAAAUCUCAAGUACAUGCCAGAUCUUCGGAAAGAUUAGUGUCAGAAUCUAAACUUAAGAAACGCCUUUGUGCUGUGCUUAGUCGCUCAGUUGUGUCCGACUCAGGUGGGAAGGUGAGAAGGGCUGGCUUUGAGAAGGAGUAUGUGAAGGAGGGAGCUCCCGGCCUCGGCCUAUUGCUGGGUGUUUGAAACUCUCCCAGGCACCUUUUCCUCCUGGUGGCUGAAUAGGAUGCAAGAGUUGCCCUCUUUUUGAGUUAAUCACUUACAUGCAAGUGAAGGCGGCAGCAGCCAGAGCGCCCUUCCCCCUCCGGGCUAAGGGCUUCAUCCUGAUACGUUCUGGCCACAUCCUGCUCCUUGGCUCUCUUGAGAUAGUGCUCCCGGGCUCAGGCGGGCCUCCACUGCGGCAGGUGAACCCAGGUAUCGACUGGUGUGGCCGUCCCCCCGCUCCUCCCCGCCCGGGGCCAAGGAGCUGCGCCCCGGGUUCCGGCCCCGGGGAGGUCGGGCACCGGGGGAUCCGGAGCCCGCUGGCGCCGCGCCCGGCCCAGGACACCGGCUGCGGGGCCGAGGCCGCGCCUCCUCCCGGAACUGGCUGGCGCGGCACCGCGGGAGGAGCGGCGGGAGCCGGGCCGGGGGCCAUGGAGGUCCUGCCCGCCGGUGGGGGCCGGACGGGGCGCCCGCAGCCCGAGGCGAGGCCGGAGGACUCGGGGCGCGGAGUUCCCCCGGCGGAGCGAGCGCGGGGCUCCCGGGACUCCUGGGAGGGCGAGGAGGACCCGGAGCCUGGCGAGCCACGAGGCAGCCGCACGGCGUCCCUGGUGAGCGGGCUGCUCACCGAGCUGUACAGCUGCACCGAAGAGGAGGAGGCGGUCGGUGGGGGCCGGGGGCCCCGGGGCCGCCAGCGGCGCCGAGACAGCCUCGACAGCUCCACCGAGGCCUCCGGCUCCGACGUGUUCCUUGGCGGUCGCGGCGGCGCCGGCGACUCCCGCGUACUGCAGGAGCUGCAGGAGCGGCCCAGCCCGCGGCACCAGAUGCAGUACCUGCGGCAGAAAGGUGAGGGCCGGGGCGGGUGGGGGUGUCCGGGGAGCGUCCUUGUGCAGAGCCCCCUCCAGGUCUGCCGGCGCUCACCUGUGCGCACCUGUGCUGAUGGGCCGAGCGCCCGGAGAUACUAUGUUUAGGGCGUCUCCUUUGAUCUGUCGCGGCUGUCCACAGUGUCACGGAUUCAUAACUAGUCUUAGUUCUUACGUCCCCCCAUUCCCUCUCGAGUCGGCGAGUGAAGCAUCACUUGUUGGAAUGGUAGCCACGGGUCUCCCCCACUCCCCGACUCCUUCCCCAUCCUCCUUGUGUUUGCAGAGGCCGGAGGCGAGAGGCAGUCCAGGUUCUAAUUUCAUCAGAACAGCUGUUAAGACGGGUUUGGAGUUUCUGAUUUAUCCAUCUGAAAUUACCUAGAGGGGCCCCAGGCGGAAUAGAGGUGACCCUCGGGGCUGGUUUAAGAAGGAAAAAAAAAAAAAGCAGCCACUUUUUUUUUUUAAUCCGCCUUCUUUGGCUACGUGCUUGAAUAGUAUUUAGUGAGGCAG